CUACACACUGACCAAGAUAAAGGAGAUGGAAAUUUGAAAUACAUAUUAACAGGAGAUGGGGCUGGCAGUCUGUUCAUUAUAGAUGAAAAUACAGGAGAUAUUCAUGCUGCAAAGAAACUGGACAGAGAAGAAAAGUCCCUAUAUGUGCUACGUGCCAAGGCUAUAGACAGAAAAACUGGAAGACAAGUGGAGCCAGAGUCCGAAUUUAUCAUUAAAAUCCACGAUAUCAAUGACAAUGAACCAAAAUUCACCAAGGACAUGUACACCGCCAGUGUUCCAGAGAUGUCUAGAGUUGGUACAUCUGUUAUUCAAGUGACAGCCACAGAUGCUGAUGAUGCCAACUAUGGAAACAGUGCCAAAGUGGUAUACAGCAUCCUCCAGGGACAGCCAUACUUCUCAGUGGAUCCAGAAACAGGUAUAAUCAAGACUGCUUUGCCAGACAUGAGCAGAGAAAACAGGGAACAGUAUCAAGUGGUCAUCCAGGCCAAAGACAUGGGAGGCCAGAUGGGAGGACUAUCAGGGACCACAACUGUGAACAUCACGCUGACUGAUGUCAAUGACAAUCCACCUCGCUUCCCCCAGAGUACCUACCAGUUCAGCUCUCCUGAGUCUGCACCACCUGGGACUCAUCUUGGCAGAAUUAAAGCCAAUGACCCUGAUGUGGGUGAAAAUGCAGAGAUUGAGUAUAGCAUCUCCAACGGGGAUGGAUCAGACAUGUUUGAUAUCGUCACUGACAAGGACACACAGGAAGGGAUUAUAACUGUCAAAAAGCAUCUGGAUUUUGAAAGUAAGAUGUUAUAUACCUUAAGAGUGGAAGCCACCAACACUCAUCCUGAUCCUCGUUUUCUUCAGCUGGGGCCAUUUAAGGACACAGCUUUGCUCAAAAUUUCUGUGGAAGACAUAGAUGAACCUCCAGUGUUCAGCAGACCCUGGUAUUUAAUAGAGGUAGAUGAAGAUGCUAAGGAAGGAAGCAUUAUUGGACAAGUUGUAGCCCAAGAUCCGGAUAUAACAAAGAAUGCUAUAAAAUACUCUGUGGAUCGACACACUGACCUUGACAGAGUAUUCAACAUCUAUUCAGGAAAUGGAUCCUUAUUCAUCUCAAAGCCACUUGACCGGGAAGAAACUCCCUGGCACAACAUCUCUGUCAUAGCAACAGAAAUCAAUAAUCCUAAACAAAGUAGCCAGAUACCUGUCUUCAUCCGGAUUUUAGACAUAAAUGAUCAUGCACCAGAAUUUUCCAAAUACUAUGAAACAUUUGUUUGUGAAAAUGCAAAAGCAGGACAGCUAAUACAAACUGUGAGUGCAGUUGACAAAGAUGAGCCUCCUCGAGGACAUAAAUUUUUCUUUGAGUUGGUGCCAGAAUUUGCUGUUCAUCCGAACUUCUCCAUUGUAGACAACAAAGGUAACUGCUCACCAGGAGGAAUUAUGACUAGAAGAAAUGGAUACAGCCGUAGUAAGAUGAGUACCUAUCUCCUCCCAAUCAUAAUAUUUGAUAACGACUACCCAAUCCAGAGCAGCACUAGCACGCUGACCAUUCGAGUAUGUGCUUGCGACAGCUGGGGGAACAUGCAGUCCUGCAACACUGAGGCCUUGCUCCUCCCUGCUGGACUCAGCACAGGGGCACUGGUUGCCAUUCUACUCUGCAUCAUUAUCCUGCUAGUAUUAGUUGUCUUGUUUACAGCUCUCAAGAGACAGAGGAAGAAAGAACCCUUGAUCAUCUCGAAGGAUGAUGUUCGGGACAACAUUGUGACCUACAACGAUGAAGGAGGUGGGGAAGAAGACACCCAGGCUUUUGACAUUGGCACACUGAGAAAUCCAGAGGCGAGGGAAGAAAGUAAGAUGAGAAGAGAUGUUAUCCCAGAAACUAUAUUUCAGAUAAGACGGACUGCGCCUCUUUGGGAAAACAUUGAUGUCCAAGAUUUUAUUCAUAGAAGGUUAAAAGAAAAUGAUUUAGACCCAGCUGCCCCUCCUUAUGAUUCUCUAGCAACAUAUGCCUAUGAAGGAAAUGAUUCCAUAGCAAAUUCACUCAGCUCCCUGGAAUCACUUACUACGGAGGGCAACCAAGACUAUGAUUACCUCAGUGACUGGGGCCCUCGAUUUAAAAAACUAGCAGAUAUGUAUGGUGGAGAGGACAGUGACCGAGACUAAAAAAGUAAUCUGUGACCUGGUCAGUGUUAGUGGAAUUCAUGUCUAUGUCAUUAGAUAAAGUGGCCUACUCUCACUUGGGAAUAAAAAAUUUACAAAAAAAUAGGUGUUGUCUUAGUAAGGGUUUGCUUAAUCAGUAAGUCAACGUGAAUGAAUAUGAAUGAUUUAGAUUUUAAAAAAUCUAUAAUUCAUCCUUUUUGCCUAGGAACCUCUAAUGAAAGGUUUUUAUUGACAAUGAAAAGACAAUGAAAAGGCUUUUUGUGCCUUUAAUAAUGAGAUGGAAACUUAAUUAUUUUUUUUAAUUGCUUUGCAUUACCUUUCCUAAUAGCUGGGACCUUGUGCACCUGCAUUGUAACUUAUUCUCAAAAAUAUACUUUAAAAAUAUUAACAUUACUGCCAUAUUUAUUGAGCUAAAGAA